GCGAAUAUUUCCCUUCGUUUGUGGUCAUGCGCAGUAAUAUUCCCGACCUAACUUUGGUACAGAGUGGGGGAAUAAGUACAAAAGAGUGGAGGAGGAGAGGGAGAUGGACAUGCUGUGAAACGUCCUUGAUAGGAUACGCCUUCUCGUGUAUGCGUCGUGUAUCCGUGCGCAAGAAAAUGUGCUCGCUUUGGAUGCUAACAUGGUACAUGCGCUCUGUGCUUUUAAUGCCGCAUCGUCGACAGGUCAGUCAAGAAACAAGGCGCAAAAUCAAAUUCGAGGAUACCAUGAUGUGGCGGGCUUUUUUCAGUCACUCAACAUCUCGCAACUGUCAAAUACCAUGAUAUACCAACGGAGCGAUGUC